AAUGAACAGAUAGCAAUAUGAUAGUAAUGUUAUAUUUCUUAAAAUUUCAAAAUAACAAAACAAUAAAAAAUAUUUUGCUUGUUCUUCCUUCUUUUCUUUAAAACAUGGCAAAUCAUUUCUCAUGAAACACAAGAAAAUAACUUAUAUAUUCAGGCAGCGCUGGCAAGACCGCCAAUAUCGCCAAACUUCCUUUUCGGAUCCUGUGGGAUCUAAAGAGGGCAAAAUGGGGAGGCGACCAGCAAGAUGUUAUCGGUACUGCAAGAACAAGCCGUACCCCAAGUCGCGGUUCUGCCGCGGUGUGCCGGACCCCAAGAUCCGCAUCUAUGACCUGGGCCGCAAGAAGGCCUCCGUGGAGGAUUUCCCCUGCUGCGUGCACAUGGUCUCGGACGAGAUUGAGCAGCUGAGUGCUGAGGCGCUGGAGGCAGCCCGCAUCUGCGCCAACAAGUACCUGGUGAAGAACUGCGGCAAGGACGCGUUCCAUAUUCGCAUUCGCACCCACCCGUUCCACGUGAACCGCAUCAACAAGAUGUUGUCGUGCGCAGGAGCUGAUAGGCUCCAGACGGGAAUGCGCGGCGCGUUCGGCAAGCCUCAGGGCCUGGUGGCGCGCGUCAAGAUCGGCCAGCCCAUCAUCUCGAUCCGCACCUACGACAAGUUCGAGUCGCACGUGAUCGAGGCACUGCGCCGUGCCAAGUUCAAGUUCCCCGGACGCCAGAAGCUGUUCACCUCUCGCAAGUGGGGCUUCACAAAGUUCAACCGCGACGAGUACGAGGAGCUCCGCGCCAACCACCGCCUGCGUAACGACGGCGUGAACGUGCAGUACCUGCGUGAGCACGGACCUCUGAAGACGUGGAAGAAGGUGCGUCUGGCCCUGGAGGAUUAGGACGUCGCCGGCCCGAUCCGAACGAGUUAACUGUGAUUGUCGGACACAGUGUGGCAAUACACGGGGCUCGAGCGGA